AAGCCUUUGAAAAUCAACAGAGAUUUGCUCCUGUAUCGAGCGAAAGUGUCAAGACAAGCCGCUUUCCGAGCGCCAACUCUGCUUGAGAAGCUCAAAUAUCAAAAGGCUUCCGAGACCAUGCUGCGAAGGUGUCUAGCUCUGGACGCCACAGAUGGCCGUCCCUAUGUGUCACUUGGCAAGCUGCUGAUGCAGCAGCGGCGAUAUGACGAGGCUCGGAGCAUCUAUGAGGAAGGGUCCACAGCGACAGGGGGCCAGAAUGAGUACAUCUGGCAAGCAUGGGCGACGCUCGAGUCGCGUCUCGGCAGAGCUUCUCAGGCCAGGAAGCUGUACGAUGCGGCGAUUGUGGCAAACAGGAAGCAUGCUGCCAGCUGGCAUGGCUGGGGGCUUCUGGAGAAGCGGCAGGGCAACCUUGUGAGGGCCAGGGACCUCUGGCUGAAGGGGAUUCGAGCAGCGGAGGGAGCGCCGAAUCCGCACCUGUACCAGUCGAUAGCGGUGUUGGCGGGGGAGAUGGGGUAUGUGGAGGAGGCUCGGCGGUGGUUCAGGGAGGGAACGCGCAGCAUCAAGGGCAAGCAGAGCCAUGCUCUCUGGCACGCCUGGGCCCUCCUGGAAAGCCAAAAGGGCGAGAGCAGCGCAGUGCGGUACCUGUUCAGGAAGGGGCUGGAAUCCAAUGCGCGUUCGCGCUUCAUCCAUCUCGACUGGGGCCUCUGGGAGAAGUCCCAGGGGCAGGUAGAGAAUGCGCGCAGCCUAUUCAAGCGCGGCCACCAGCUGAACGCCCUGGACGCACCCCUGCUGCAGGCUUGGGCGCUAUUGGAGAGGGAUGCUGGCAAGCUGGACGAGGCACGGCAGCUGUUUGAGGCAGGCUCGCGCGCAGACCCGCACCACCUGCACGUCUGGCAGGCGUGGGGUGUGCUGGAGCACAAGGCGGGAAACAUCAGCCGCGCGCGCGAGCUCUUCCAGCAGGGCGUCUGGGCGCAGCCGCGCGGCAAAGCAGUCGCCUACGUCUGGCAGGCGUGGGCGGUGUUGGAGUCGCAGCAGGGCAACGUUGACCUGGCGCGCCAGCUGUUCAAGUGCGCCGUCAAGGCCGACCCCGCCAGCGAGGCCUCCUGGCUGUCGUGGGCGGCGAUGGAGGAGGAGCAGGGGGCGGUGCAGAGGGCGGCAGAACUGCGGAGCUACCGCAUGCAGGGCUUUAAUGAAAUUGUGCUGCCGGCCGGAUUU